AAACAUGCAUCAAGCACAAAGCAAAACAUUGAGAGAAUUAACCAAAUAAGAGAUCGAUAGGGUUUUGAUAUUAAAUAUAACUAAAGAGAUGGCAAAGUGGUGUUUUGUGCUUGUUCUUGCUCUAGUAGUGGUUCACGCUAGUGCAAGGAAUGUGCCUAGCGAUGCUGGUCUUAACGACCAAAAGAACUUCCUCACAUAUGGUGGCUUUGGAGGCUACUCUGGAAUUGGAGCAAAUGGCAUGCCACUGGGAGGAGUCGGGAGUGUUGGUGGUAUCACGGGGCUCGAUGGCACAGGUGGACUUGGCGGAUUAGUUGGCAUCGGAUUUGGAGGUGAUGGUGCUGGUGCUGGUGCUGGUGCUGGUGGUGGAAUUGGAGGUGGUGUUGGUGGUGGCAGUGGGACUGGUGUCAUCCCUUUUCCUUGA